CCUACUCCCUCCUCUUCAGCCUCCUCCUCAUCUUCCUCCUCCCUAUCCUCCUCCUUAUCCUCCUCUCCAUCCUUCCCCUCCACAUCCCCCUCUUUCUCUCGCUCGGUUAAUUCUGUUCCUAGUCUACUUUUUUCUUCUGUUUGCUUUCAUUCCUUCCUUUGACCAUUGCUGUUGGUCUCUUUCUAUUCCCCACAUCACCAUUAAUGAAACCUUCUUUCACUGCAGUAUCUUUGUAUUACACUGUUUAAUUAUCAGAAACACACCCUUGGUUUCCUUAUAGAAUGAAGAUCCUCAACACUAUUGUUUCGGUUCUCACUGCCGUGACUCUUGUCUCUGCAGGAACAUUCCACAAUUUCAAAGCCAGUUCAUCAGAGCCUACAAAACCAACAUCAUCAUUGGCCCCAACUAUCGCUCGUGGCUACAUCAUUGAAUAUGAAGAUGGGAUUAUGCAUCCAAGUGCCUAUACAUCUCUGAAUGAUCAUCAGAUCGCUUAUGAGAUCCGCAAUGAGUAUGGCAUCUUCAACGGAGCAGCCAUCUCUGUCCUCUCUAACCACGAUGGUAACGACCUAGCAGCCAUCCCCACUAUCAAGAACGUCUGGCCUAUCCAAUUAUACUCCAUCCCAAAGACCCGCCCUGCUGAUAUCAAUGCCACCGAUCCUGCAGUAACAUCAUACCAUUCAAUGACAGGUGUUGACAUUGUUCAUCGUAAAUUGAAACUGACAGGUAGAGGCGUUAAAGUUGGAGUGAUUGACACUGGUAUUGACUACAAGCACCCAGCCUUUGCUACUCAUGGCUCCACCAAAGGAUGUUUUGGAAAAAACUGUCGUGUUGCAUAUGGAUGGGACUUUGUAGGAGAUCAAUACAAUGGUGAAAACAAGCCUACACCUGGUCCUGACCCUAUGGACUGUGACGGCCACGGUUCACAUGUCGCAGGUAUCAUUGGAGCGAAUGCAUUGGAAAUCAAAACCAAUCCCAAGCCCCCACAACCAUUUGUGGGUGUAGCCCCUGAAGCAACUUUGGGUGCAUACCGUGUCUUUGGAUGCGAGGGUAGUUCUGCAGACGAUGUAAUCCUAGCUGCAAUGGAGCGAGCAUACCACGAUGGCAUGGAUCUCAUCAACCUGUCCCUGGGAGGUGGGUCCGCAUUCAAGAGCAACCCACAGGCUGUUCUCGGUGACAAGCUGAUUGCCAAGGGGAUGGCUAUCCUUGCUGCAGCUGGCAACGACGGAGACCAAGGCAUUUGGAUGGUCUCUGAUGCAGGCCUUGGUGACCUCUCUACCUCAGUCGCUUCCAUUGACAAUAUUGUGGGACUGUACCCUUACUUCACCUACGCUGGAAACAGAUAUGCUUACAAGCCUUCAGAUGGCUAUGGCAAGGCCAUCAGCCUCCCUGCUUCUGCCACCCCAGUCCCUAUCCACUAUCAGAACGGUACACUUACAGAUGGAUGUGACACGGACGCGUAUAAGGGUUUGGACGUCAAGGGUAAGGUUGUACUCCUGCUCGGAGAUUUCACACGUUGCAAGUCUAGUACCCGUGGUGCAAUUGCCAAGGAAGCUGGUGCAGCUGGUGUCUUAAUUCAGUCCGUCCCCUUUGGCUUAGUAUCCAUCGCUGGUAUCCCAGAGUUCCCUAUGGCAUCUAUUGAAAACAAGGCUGGUACGGAGUUGAUCACUGCUUAUAAAAAGAAUCCUCAGAACAAAUUCACUUGGGGUAAAGAGCCUGCUACUUUCCGGAUUGAAGGAGGUGGUCGACCAUCCGGCUUCUCUUCUCUUGGAAUAGAUGGUGACCUCCGAUCCAAACCCGAUAUUUCGGCUCCUGGUGGGAACAUUCUGUCGACCUUCCCUCUCAAAAAGAAUGGAUACGAGGUCUUAUCCGGCACCUCUAUGGCUACCCCGUAUAUGGCUGGUGCGCAUGCUCUCUACAUCCAGGCAAAGAAAUCCGAGCCACGUGGUGAUGAAGUCCGUAAGGUCUUCAAGAAUACAGCCACCUACGUUAAGAAUGCUGAUACAAAUACUUAUACCUCGGCUGUGAAACAAGGCGCUGGGCUGGUCAAUGUCUACAAUGCUCUCACUACCGUUUCCUCUAUCACCCCCGAUCACCUCGAUCUGUUGGAUACGAACCACCUCCAGAAAACUGCCCAAAUUACUCUCACAAACCAUGGCAAGAAGGCUGAAACCUACACUCUAUCGCACGUGCCAGCUGAUGCCCUUAAUUCAUACCCUAAUAAGAACAGUUUCCCUCUGUUGGAGCCCUUGGUAGAAGCAGAUUACGCAUCAGUCAUAUUCUCGACCACCACAGUCAAGAUUCCAGCUGGGAAAUCCGCUAAAAUCACCAUCCGGUUCAGUGAACCUUCUGCUGGAGAGCGUUCUCAGUUUCCAUUGUACUCUGGCUAUCUUGUUGCAACCCCUUCAUCCAAGGGCGGUGUUCCUGUAAACGUCCCUUACAUUGGCCUGAAGGGAGACGUUUCCGAGGUUCCUAUCAUGGACACUGAUCUUGGAUUCCCGACCUUGCUUGCUUUGGAUGCCAAGACUGGUAACCUAACUAAGGUACCAGACGGGGGUGUCUACUACUUUGACUUGACAGAGACGAUCCCUGUGAUCCUAACUCGCCUAGGCUCACAUACACCUUCAGGAGAGAUCCGUGUCUAUGACUCCGAAAAUGCUUUUAAAGGAUACCUUCACACCAAGGCUGGUACAGCGCGCGACCCCCGUGGCAGAGACUUGUCGCAAAAAGAAGGUAAACUUGUCUUUGGGUCCUGGAUGUGGGAAGGUCAGGUUAUGGGGUCCAAGACUUCGACAAAGCCUACUAGCUUACCAUCUGGCGUCUAUAAAAUCGUUGUAGCUUCACAGAGGAAGCUGAGCAAAGGUGCUUACCCCAAGGACUAUGAAGUGUUUGAUCUCGGCAACAUCAAAAUCUAAAAUGCAAAAAUACGAAACGAGGCCAAGAAGAGAGAGGAAGGUCAAUAGAGCAGAUUGAGGAAAACAGUGUAUUUUUAUACAUACCACUACAUCUUUUUAUAUAUUAUUGUUAUUAUUUAUUAGUCAUAAACGUUACAUAUAUCCUUUUGAAUACUUCACACGCAGAAAACAAAUAACAAAGCCAUAUAUCACAAGAUACAGGAAGUCAGGAUAUCCUGAGGGC